UUGAGCCGCGCGUCGAGCGAGCAUAGACUGCGCGUCGCGCCGACCGAGCCGCCCCGCCGCCGCCGCUCGGCGCCCCCGCACGUUAGUGGUCGCAGCGCUCCUCGCCCGUGACCGCGCCGGCGCGCGCCCGCGACCGCCAUGGUGCUCCAGGAGCUGGGGUCGAAGCUGACGGCGGCGCUGCACAAGAUGCAGAGCGUGACGGUCAUCAGCGAGGAGGUGCUGGACAAGAUGCUCAAGGACAUCGCCGCGGCCCUGCUGGAGGCGGACGUGAACGUGCGCGUCGUCAUGGAGCUGCGCAAGGCCAUCAAGACGCGCGCGAACCUCGAGGAGGAGUCCGCGGGCACGAACCGGCGGAAGAUGAUCCAGAAGGCCGUCGUCGAGGAGCUCGCGGGCAUGCUCGACCCCGGCGUCAAGGCCCACGAGAUGAAGAAGGGGUCGCCGAACGUCAUCAUGUUCGUCGGCCUCCAGGGCGCGGGCAAGACGACGACGAUCGCGAAAUUCGCGAACCACUACCUCCGCAAGGGCUUCAAGUGCUGCAUGGUCUGCGCGGACACGUUCCGCGCGGGCGCCUACGACCAGCUCCGGCAGAACGCGACGAAGCUGCGCUGCCCCUUCUACGGGUCCUACACGGAGGCCGACCCCGUGCGCAUCGCGCAAGAGGGCGUCGACCAGUUCAAGGCCGAGAAGUACGAGGUGAUCAUCGUGGACACGUCGGGCCGCCACAAGCAGGAGACGGCCCUCUUCGAGGAGAUGCAGGAGAUCCGCGCGGCCAUCGAGCCCCAGAACGUCAUCUUCGUGCUCGACGCGACGCAGGGCCAGGCCGUCCACGAGCAGGCGAGCAGCUUCCACGAGGCCAUCGACAUCGGCUCCGUCGUCAUCACGAAGCUCGACGGCCACGCCAAGGGCGGCGGCGCGCUGAGCGCCGUGGCGGCGACGGGCGCGCCCAUCCUCUUCCUCGGGUCGGGCGAGCACUUCGACGACUUCGAGCCCUUCAACGCGCACUCCUUCGUGAGCCGGCUGCUGGGCAUGGGCGACAUGCGGGGGCUCGUGGAGCAGAUCAAGGACACGAUCGGCGACGACAAGCAGCCCGAGCUCAUGGAGAAGUUUAGCAAGGGCCAGUUCACGCUCCGCGACAUGUACGAGCAGUUCGAGAACGUCAUGAAGCUCGGGCCCCUGUCGAAGGUCAUGGCCAUGAUCCCGGGCAUCCCCUCCAUGAUGGGCGGCGAGGGCGACGAGUCGAACAACCGCCUCAAGCGCUUCAUGUACAUGAUGGACUCCAUGACGGACGACGAGCUCGACGCCAAGGUCGACCUGAACAAGUCGGCCUCGCGCAUCGAGCGCGUCGCGCGCGGCUCGGGCUGCCACCCCAUGGAGGUCCAGAUGCUCCUCAAGUGCCACAAGCAGUUCGAGAGCGUCGUGUCCAAGAUGGGCAAGUCGGGCCUCAUGAAGGGCGGCGACGCGGCCAUGGCCAAGCAGAUGCAGCGGAACCCGAACCAGGUCAUGCAGCAGCUCCACAAGGCCAUGGACCCGCGCAUGCUCCAGCAGAUGGGCGGCGCCCAGAACCUCAUGUCCAUGAUGCAGGAGAUGUCCAAGCUCGAGGGCGAGGGCGGCAUGAAGGGCCUCGGCUUCUAGGGCCGGGCGCGGCGCGCCGUCGUAAAAAGCCCUCUCGCAUCGUG